AUGGAAUACGAAAAUGAUGCAGACGUACAUGAUCAUGCUGCAGAUGAUGGACAAGAUAUUGAUAGAGACGCAGCAGCACAAAUAACAAAUUCAUUACUACCUCUGCCUCCUUCUGUAUACAGUCGCUUCACACGAGAUAAUGUAGCAAGAUACAAUGUGAUGAAAGAGGCAAAAGAGAAUGACUUGAAGAAUGGAGAAUUUGAUUGGGAAAAUGCAGAGCCUGCAGCAAGGUUAGCUCGUCAAAAGAUCAUCUUGGAAAGAGCUGCUGCCGCCAAAGAAGGAAUCACUGAAGAAGAGAAAAAUGUGGCAUCUGGAUCGAAUACAAAGUCGACAUCCCUUUUACCUGUGCCUCCUUGGGACAUCUUGCUUGCAAUGGAACCACCAAAUGUGGAUUGGAUCAAAGAGGAUGGUCAUUAUUCUUGCUUUGGAGAUCGAUGGCCAGUAGAGGAGAGCUUACCAUCUUUACAGGAGAUGGGCAUGGCACAGAUCUAUCCAACAUCGGAAGACGAAGAGAUGGAUCGACCUGCAAUCUUGACGAGCUUAUUGCGUACUCUACUGAAGUCUUAUUUACGUCUGAUCGAUACUGUACUAUCACCACCUCAAGCAUAUCUAUCCACUCAAAAUGAUCCAAAUACGGGCGCAAUAACGAAUCAAGAAUGGCUCUUCACCACACAAGAUAAAGCAAGACAGAUUAAUGACAUCAGUAUCAACUUUAUGCAUCUGUUAAACGAGACAAGACCUUUACAGGCAAGGGAACAGCUAAGGGACCUCAUGCGUGAUCAAUUGAAUAACAGAAAACAAGAGGCAAAGCUGAUGCGACUCCAAUGUCAAGCCAUCCGAACGGAAAUUCAAUCAAUAAAGGAUGGGAUGCGGAAUGAAGUGGGAUGAUUGAUGAUCAUCAUUUGUAUUAUACUUGUACCUAAUAGAUCUUCUUAAACAUACCUUCCGUUGAUUGAGCUUAAAUUUGGAAUUGUUUCAACCUU